UAUGGUUGCCUCAGUGAUGUCGUGGGUUCAAGCUGCUUCUUUGGUCCAAGGUCCUGAAGAGGAGGGGGACGUGUUUGACGAGGAAGCUGAUGAGUCGCUCCUGGUGCAGCGGGAAUGGCAGAGCCAUAUGCAGAGACGAGUCAAAGAAGGCUACAGAGAUGGAAUAGAUGCUGGCAAAGCAGUUACUCUUCAACAAGGCUUCAAUCAAGGUUAUAAGGAAGGUGCAGAAGUCAUCAUAAACUAUGGACAACUUAGAGGAACAUUGAGUGCUUUGCUCUCCUGGUGUCACCUUCAUGAUGAUAGUUCGGCUUUGGUCAGUAAAAUAAAUAAUCUUCUGGAUGCAGUUGGCCAGUGUGAAGAGUAUGUGCUCAGACAUCUGAGAUCAGUCACUUCACAGCCACAUGUUGUAGACUUAUUGGACUCCCUUCAGGAUAUGGACCUUUAUCAUGUAGCUCCAGCUGAGGAAAAGAUUGAUGAAGCUAAAGAUGAAAGAUUCUGUGAAAAUAAUGCUGAGUUUAACAAAAACUGUAGUAAGAAUCUUAGUCAGGUAGAUUGUUCAUCUUUAGAAUGUUGUAGAGCCCAGGAGCAUGAACGCCCUGAAAACCCAAGCCUCACUUGGAUUUUAGAACAGACAGCCAGUUUGGUAAAACAGCUGGGAGUAUCAGUAGACAUAUUACAACACCUCAAACAACUAUAAAAAUUACCUUCACUUUAAUAAUGGAAGCGAUGUUCAGAACAUUUUUAGAACAUUUUGUUUCUGAACAAGCUAACCAAAAUUUGCACUGGUUUCUACACUUCACUUGUAAGGGUAUCCCUUCAUGUAAUGUUGAAACAUCUUCAAAAUUAAUACUAUUAAAGGUAAUCUAAUCCUUCUUUCUUUGUCACUGGCAAUUUUUAUGUGGUUUAAGAUAUGCUCAAAAAUUCCAGUUGUCUUCAUUUUCAAAUUUCUGGGGACUCAUUACUAUAAGAAAUUAACAAGAAUCAGACUACAGUUGACCCUUGAACAACAUGGGUUUUAAAAGUACCCACCCACCAUGCAGUAAAAAAAGCUGCGUACUACUUAUAGCUGGCCCUCCAUAUCUGCAGUUAUGAGUCUCAGAUUCAACCAGCCUCAGAUCAUAUAGUACUGUAAUAUUUACUAUUGAAAAAGGUCCAAGUGUAAGUGGACCCUCAGGGUUCAAACCCAUGUGUUCAAGCAUCAACUGUUAUUUUGUAAGGACUCAGCCCUACUUUCUGCUCCUGUCACAUUGUCUUAUGAUUAGGACCUCGUCAACUAAUCAGACCAAAGUUACAAAAAAUAAC